UCCCAGCCAUGGCGAGGCUUGCCUUCCAGCAGCAGGUCCACGGUUCUGAUCCGCCGGGCGCCUGAGAGAAGGUGGAAGGGAAACCCGCGACAGAGGCGGGAUCGUUCCCCAUGGCUUGGGCUCCUUGGUUGCUGCUCCUCCUGGGCUCGGCCUCCGUCUUAUCCGCCGCUCCUUCGGAUGUCAUGGAAGGUGAAUGUGGUGUUCCUACGCUGGUGGAAAAUGCACAGAUUGCGGAAGGCAGUAACUCUGAGAAGCUGCGCUACUCCUGCAUGAAGAACUACAAACGGAAAGCGGGCACCUCCAACCUCAUUCUCUGUAAGCAAGAUAAGCACACCAAAGAGUAUCAGUGGACCAACAGCAACUUGAUCUGUAUUCGAGACCCCUUGUUGCCUCCUUCAACAACCCCAGAGAAAACGUCCAGGGGAGGUAAGCUCGUUUGGGCUUUUGUUGGGGAAAUGGGGAAUGGCACCAAACUUAGGUAUUACAAAUUUAAGAAUUCUUCUAUACAUCUUUCCGAUCCAAGACACAGUCAGCUUGUUUCCAAAAAAAGCAUUUUGUUGGGAACAUUUUCCCAACAGGUUUUGGGACUGCAUUUUCCCGCUCCAGAGAUUUACUAGGUGAAAAUAUAUUUCUAGCAUAAGCAUAACUACAGACUAGUUCAGGUUAAGUUCGGUCCAAAGGACACAAUGCUAUGUUAGGUCCGUGAGCAGUAAAGCCCAGCUCACACCAAAAUUGGUAGUUAAGAAAUUCUCCUUGAAAUCUUCCUUCCUUUCUAUUGGAAAGUUUGCAACUUUUGGGGCAAACCAUUUGCAACCCUCGAGAGGUUUUGGAGUACAGUUCCCAUCAGCUUUUGCCAUGUACAACGGCUAUCUAGGAAGUACAUUACGUUUUGGAAUUAAAAAUGAACAAAGUAUAGGAGAAAACAUUUACCAU